UGAAUGUGCCAACGUUCAGAUUCAAGUCUAGUUCAUUAUGUGCCCUUAACUCUAACAGGCAAAUACGUGACCCUUUGCGCUAUCACGGCUUGCUAAUAAUGAACAGCCGCUACUAUUGAACUCAUUUUGUCUAAAGAAGUCCAUUCGUGGUGAAAGGGAGAUAAAGUGGAUUAUUAUUGCAAAAGCAGAUAAGGCUACUACUAAGGAAAAAAACUGGCCUUCGAGUCUUAGCUUUUAUGCCACUGUUAUUCAGCGUUAGUGUUUUCAGUAACUAGUAAGUUGCUUCAGUACAAAACGACGCGAGCUCAGGCUUAACCAUCCACCUUGUCGCUAAGUUCCCCUAAUUUUAGCGGUAUGCAGACACUUCACCACUUGACAGCUACAAGGGCAAACCUGGCGCACAUGCAUCGCGUCUGGAAGGCGCCCACGGCGCGUCUGAAGACGACGAAAUUCUUUACCAAUUCUCUGUUUUUCUCACUGGAACAUUUUGUCCGGCAUACCUGUCCUGAUGCGACGCGCUCGACGAGCUCUUCCACAACGGCCACAAUUGUGAAUUCUUCCUUGCGAACCUUUCGUCGACGACGCCGUUUGGCUGAUCUGCGUUCGCCCAUAGGAUGCGCGACGAUACAGGACGACGAUGACGACGACGACGACGACGGCGGGGAAUUCAUUUUCGUCACCUUUGGUUUGCUCUGACCCGUGUGGGCUUGACCAGGGGGUAUCGCGGCUUAUGUCCAAUGCUCG